GUUUCAAAAGGGAAGACGGCCCUGUUUAUCAAUUUUUAUGAAAACAAUCUGGGAUAACCUCAAAAUGUCAACUCGCUGAUUUUGUGCCCCCCUAGCUAAGAAACCCUAGAGCUGAGAUGGAGCUGUGUGUGAUAAUCGGGGCUGAGAAGCCGGACAAUCGCACAGCGGUUAUUCACUGCAAUGGCAAGGUGCGACCGCCCAAGGAGGCCGACCCGAAGGCAAACGGGCGGGGCAAGGCCCGGAAGAGCAGCCUGCAAUUGCCGCCCCAUAUCAAAGUGCUGGAUAGCCCCGUGGCUUACCAGUGCACGCUUUGCGACAAGACAUUUAGCACCAGGGCUCACGUCCACUACCACCGAUACUGCGGCAGUGCCAAACCCUUCAAGUGUGAGGUGUGCGGCAAGGAAUUCGGGCUGAACAUGCAAUUGCAAGCGCACCUGGCUAAGCAUGCAGACGGCAAGCCCUACAAGUGCAGCACCUGCCUUAAGGGAUUUAGUGAGAAAGGGAAGCUGGCGCGCCAUGCAGCCACGCACUCGUCGAGCAAGCACUUUAUCUGCCCGCACUGUGCCAAGUCGUUUAAGAUCAAGGACUCGCUGCGAAUCCACAGCUUGACGCAUCUAAACGAGAAGCCUUUCCCGUGCAUGGUGUGCGAAGCCCGUUUCUCCAAUUCGUCCAACCUCAAGAAGCACCUGGCGUCUCACUCUAAUGAGAAGGAGCACAUGUGCGACCAGUGCGGGAAGCGCUUCUCGCGAAAAUGGGCGCUGUCGAUCCAUCGCAUGUCGCACUUGAACCUCAAGCCGCAUUCUUGCGAGGUCUGUUGCAAGUCGUUCGUCAACCUCAAGGACCUACGGCGCCACGUACGCAUCCACUCAGAGACCAAGGAGUUUUCGUGCGGUAUUUGCCUGACGCGGUUCCGGCGCAAAGACAACUUGCACCGGCACGUGAAGAACACGCAUCCAGGUAAGAGGGCCGAUAUAAUUCAGACCCCGCAGCCCGUUUCAGAGUUGGCGCCGACCACCGCCAACCCAUCGGUGGUCGUCGACAAUCCCAACGCCGUUAAGGUGAUAACGGCGCCGACUGUUAUCACGAAACGUUUGGCCGAGGGGGCGCCGGCCGCGCUGCAGCUCGCUACAGCCUUAUCUACUGAUUCUAGGCCCCCCGGAUGCGGCGUCAAUGGGCCCAUCAAGCUCGCGUUUAAGACGCCAGCUUUCAAGAGCAAUUACAAUAUUACGAGAGGGAGCGAACUCGUUCCAUCAACUCAGCCUGCGUCGGAUCGUCCAUGGCCUGAGCCGAUAGAGGCAUCGCCGCUCGCUCACUACGAGACGUCGUUCCAGAACCGCAAACACGCCAUGAUUAAGAACAUCAAGUUCAAAGUGCCCGCGCGCUACACCAAUCUGCUCAAGUCCUCAGCGCAGCCCCAGGAGCCCGCUAGCGUGAUUGUGAGCAGCAGCGAUGUCCACUGGCGCAGGAGGACGUCUCAAAACCUCCUGCUCAAGAACUGAAGACUGGACUUUUUAAGACUGACCUGUGUGUGUGUCAUUUGCGAACGCUAAGCGUUCAUUUAUUGUUAAAUUCUCUAGUUAUAAGGCGCCUUUUGAACCACCCCGAUCUUUGUUCCUUUGCCAACAGCAACGCGAAGUUUCCAAACCUCAAUAUAAAAAAAAAAUUUUGGACUUCA